UGUUCUACUUUGGAGUCGUCAAAGUGAAAUGUGUUUCUCCGUUCUAGAUAAUGUCUGGUUUUGGAGAAAGCUAACGUGUCACUGCGAGGCCGAAUUAUCGUAUCUGUACAGGAUGGAAGAAUAGAACAUUAUUAUCGAACUGUCAGUGGUCUCUGUAAUAGGUCGUUUACCUAUUUCGUGGGAAUGUAAAUUACGUGAAGAUAAAUUAAACACCUUUCCCAUUAUUAACUUUCAAAGACGGCCCGGUCAACGUAUUAUAAAGCGAGUAAAUGAUCGGUAAUCCUAAGCAGUACCGUUGAUUUGAUCCAGUCGUUUUUUCUCUAAGAAAGAAAACAUUCCGUUAACUGGUACCCUGCUGACUACUUUAAUUAUUCUCCGACUGAACAAACGUCUUCAGCAAUGAUGAACGUUCGGAUCAACAAUAUAAGACCUUUUCGCUUUUGUUUUCAACUGCUAUUGUUGCAAAGUGUGUUAUUGAUGCAAGUGCAGUACGCAGCUGGGGAAGACAAGCCGGUAGACAAGGCCGAUCACCCAGUAGGUGAAAAUGUCAGUCCGGGUCUUACAUCAGUUUCAGUCAGUGCCGCACAAGCGACGAAUUCGCCGAAAGACGCGGGUAUCGAGUCCACUAAGACCGAAGAUUCCAGAUCCUCCUCACACAUGACUGCCGAAAAUGCCAUCACCACCGAAGAGGCACGCCAUGCUGUGGUCGGAUUCGAAACGGCCAUGGCCCUCCUUAACGGCACUCCCUCUGCGUUGAAAGGAAGUGAACGUGAACGAACGAUCAAGGCCUACGCGCUAUUAGAAAAAGUGGCUGGCCUCGGUCACCCCAUAGCUCAACGGAUGAUCGCCGUGGCUCAUCUGUUCGGUGAUGCAGGUCUUGAACUAAAUUGUCAUCGGGCACGUGAGCUUCUUGAGCCGCUAGCCGCCAGGGGCGAUUCCGAGGCGCAGCUGUAUAUGGGUUUUAUGCAUUCAUUCGGUUUGGCCUCUUUGCCGCCUUCUAAGGCGAAGGCUCUUGUGUACUAUACAUUUGCGGCGGUCGGAGGCAACCAGUUAGCCCAAAUGGCACUUGGUUAUCGCUAUAUGGCAGGUGUCGGUGUAGCGCAAAGCUGCGAAUCAGCGCUGGAUCACUAUCGACGAGUGGCACAAAGCGUUGAACAACAGCAAAGUGGAUCUUCGAGUAGUAGUUCCCACAAUGGCUCAGGAGGAAGCAGUCCAGUUCAAUCUGGGGCUCCAGCACCAACUGCUACGAUUGCUCUGGCAAAAGUUCGUCUCAGCGAUGAAUACGAAAACCCUUCACGACCUUCAUCGAACCAGCUGGACGAUGAUCUUAUCCAGUAUUACCAAUUCCUGGCGGACAAAGGUGAUGUACAGGCUCAGGUCGGACUCGGACAUCUUCACUAUCAGGGUGGCCGGGGCGUUCAGCAAGAUCAUAUACGAGCCCUUAACUAUUUCACGCAGGCUGCUAAUACUGGCAACGCCAAUGCAAUGGCGUUCCUCGGCAAAAUGUUCCUCGAGGGCGGAAAAGCAGUUUCGCAGAAUAACGAGACUGCUUUCAAGUACUUCUCAAUGGCUGCUGAAAAAGGUAAUGCCGUGGGACAAGCUGGCCUUGGCACUAUGUAUCUAUACGGUAAGGGUGUCCCGAAGGACCAUGAACGGGCCCUACGUUAUUUAACAAUGGCGGCAAAUCAGGGUCUCGUUGAUGGACAGCUUGAGCUCGGCAACAUGUUUUAUCAUGGAUUAGGAGUUGAAAAAAAUUACAAGGUUGCCCUGAAAUAUUAUCAACAAGCUUCAACGCAUGGGCACGUUCUUGCCUUCUACCAUCUCGGUAUGAUGAAUGCUCGAGGAAUUGGCACCCCACGCAGUUGCCAUAACGCCGUCCACCUAUUUAAGAUGGUAGCAGAGCGUGGACGUUGGGUUUUGUCUCAACUGACGGAAGCUUACCGGGCUUACAAAGUGGGAGGAGCGAGGAUUGAUGAAGCUUUAAUACGGUACGCGUUCCUGGCGGAGCUUGGCUAUGAGCAGGCCCAGAGUAAUGCGGCAUUCAUUCUUGAUCGUGCCGAAUCUCCUCUUUUCGAUCGCAACGCUUCGUACACAUGGGCGCUAAGCUACUGGGCCAGAGCAGCCACACAGGGAUACGUCGUGGCUAGACUCAAGUUGGGUGAUUAUCAUUAUUAUGGUUACGGAACACCUGUCGACUAUGCGUUAUCCGCCCAUCACUAUCGUGUUGCCGCUGAGACGGAGAACAAUCCACAGGCGAUGUUCAAUCUUGGUUAUAUGCAUGAACAAGGCUAUGGUAUGCCAAAGGAUAUUCAUCUAGCCAAGAGAUACUACGACCUCGCGGCUGUUACUUCCGUUGACGCUCAGGUUCCAGUAAUGUUGGCUUUGUUGAAGCUAGCCUUCAUGUAUGGAAUGGAGUACCUGAACAACUUACGGUGGGAUUCGUUGGCAGAACCUGCCUUCAUAAUGCAGCGUGCACUAGGGCCUGAUUGGGAUCUUUACAUUAUGGGCCUGCUGGCGGGACUCAUCGCGGGAAUGGCCUACAUACGAAGAAUGCUUUAGAUAAGAAGUAAUGAAAAACUCGUCGUUGGUAGAAACAAAAAAGAUUACGCGAAAAUUUAAAUACACAAUUGCACGACUUGACGAGAUUAUUCAAAUGAUAAUCGAAUGUGAUCAUAUACAGAUACACAAACACACAUAAGCAUUACGUCAUGUCGUAGUAUGUAACAAUUGUAAAUGUACGUGAUGGCUAAGUCAACCUUAAACGGUUCCUGCGUUUUCAGUUGGUGUGUUAUGAGAUAAUUCAAUGUAGUAGGUAUGCUAAUGAUAUAAAUUAAUUUUCUUUUCCGUUUUUAUUUUCUACUCAAAAGUCACAGAAAUCUUGGAACUAUGAAAUUAAUUGAAAACGUUUGUCCAUUGUACAGCCUUGUCAUGAGCUGCUCUGUCGGAGAUAAUUAUGCUGAUGAAGCUGACUCGUUAUGUGGAUGACUUAUAUAAACAAAAAAGUCUUACCAAAAGCUCCUCGAAAAAUAGAAAGUUCACUGUUAAUGCGGCAGCCAAGCUACGAGAAAGUUUCGUACAGAUGGAAUUUCGAUCAUUCCAAGUUGCCAAGUUACAAUCUAAGCUAUUUAGUGUUAAUUCAAGCGGUGAUGGCAUGUCUAAUGUAAAACAGGACAUAGAUCACCUUUACAUGAGCACGAAUAUAAGGCUUGUUUUGUUGUCCAAUAUAUAGAUAGGCUAUUGUGCACGUGUUUCUAAUUACAAACUGAGGUGAGGAAAUCCUUUUGAAGCGAAAUGGUUCCGCUUUAUUCUAGCCGCCAGCCUAAAGUCUUUGGGAUGCAAGCCGUGUCAGCACCUACCGGAGUACUAAUAUUGCCUCAUAGAAAUUUUCGGUGUCUGUCCGUUCUUCCUCACGGGCAUCUUGCUGCAAGCAAGGCUUAUUUGAGAAAAAGUUUCUGUCACUACAAGGAAAAAUGAAAAUUUAAAUAUUACAUAUGUACAAAACCACAAAAAAGAUAAGAUUAACGAAAACAUAUAUAUCUUUUAUCAUUUUAUAAAGUUUUAGAAACCCGAAAUAGGAUCAAGGAAAAAUGGACACCGCUCUCGGUUGACAAUAGUUAAAGGGCGAUUGAAGGCUCAACAUUUUUUGUAAAUAUAAAAUUGCACGCAAAGUUGCAGGAGCAAACAUCAAUCUAUGAAUACAUAUUUACCCGGUGAAGAGUUGAACAUAGCUUAGCGAUAGAUGAUGUGAAGAUCGCUCAUUGCAUACCCACGCAGCGAAAUUGUAAAACGCAGGGAGCAGGCGACGAAUGUAAUGUACAGUUUUCCGCUCGUUGAAAGUGAGAGAUCUAUCGGCUCAAAACCACAGGACAAAGAACACUAAUAGCUGGAUAGAUCCAGGUAAAGUCACAAAAAGGCGUUCCAUAAAAGCUAGCGAUUCUCGGUCGAAUGUAUAUUUAUAUACAUACACGUAUGUAGAUUCGAUUGAGAAUAUAUAUAUAACCAACAGGUGAAUAACCAAUGAGUUAGGUAGGAGAAAGUUCGUAUAAUACUAAUAAUAAUAUAAAGAGGUCAAAUAAUAUAGGCAAACAAACGAUUAAAAUUUAUAUAACUAAAGGGACAGCGCGUCCGAAUAAAGGUGGGUUGCCGACAUCAUGCAAACAGAAUGUGCAGAAAAUAUAUAAUCGAUAUAGCUUGGAAAAGAAUGAGUGAACGAGUGAAUGUAUUUCACUUAUUUUGUGGGUUUUUUAAACAUUCACUUCGAGAGGCCUCUCCUUUCGUACAAGUUUCAUUACGUUUCAACGUAUCUUUGGGUUGGAGUUCUGCUGAAACCAUGUUACGAUUUCCUUUCGAUUGUCGGUGCUUAUAUACGUCAGUGGGGUAGAAGAAAAUUGAGACAAUAGUUCAUGUGUGUAUCAAAUGGAGUGAAUAAACAAAAGUCCAUUAGCGAAACCGUUCACUAAGUAUGUAUGACGCAUAAGGUACCCUAAGACUGGAGGAAGCACGCACGUAACUGUAAAAUUGGCUUAUGAAAUACUGGGACAAUUAUAUCGCACCUGCUAGCUCAUUUACCUGGGCAAAACUCCAGCGAAAUUCCGAGUAUAAUUAUUUAUUUUAGUAGAAGUGAAAGUAUGCGUGUACAUUUCUUAAAGUAUGUUUUUUGCAAUUCUAAAAAUAUACAUUUAUGGUAUAACAAUGAAAUGUU